AUGGCGGUUUUUGCUGUUGUGAGCAGUUUGCAGAACCAUUGCUUGAGGGCAGUAGCUUGUCAACUGCCAGAUCAUGAGACAUCACUGGACAUGCUUCCAAUUGAGAUAAAAACGAAGUUAGUUAACUUAUUGUCCAAGCGAGGCCUUCUAACGGACUCCAACAUAACAAAAGUAAGUCGCUGGGUUUAAUAAACAUACAGCCUAAAAUUUAUCAGAAUUUAUUAAAUUAACUCCCGAACUUAGGAUUGCGAUCAAGACUUUUCUUUCCUUUUUGAGAGACAUAAAGGUAAAUAGAGAGGGUAUGAUUGUAGGCUAGAUAUGAGCUUUUAACCAUAACUUACAUUUCUUCAUGAUUAUAUAUUGAGGACUCUUUUGUAUGACAUACCAAAUAUAAUACUUAGGUACUUAACACCUAACAUUUAACACCUAUACCACACAUUUGUGUGGAUAUUUUCUCCCCAAAUUUCAGUAAUCAAGAAUGGUAACUUCCCAUCAAGCCUGUCGACAAACUCUUUGUUUAUAGAAAUAAUAAUAUUAUUCCCAACUCCCCCACACCCCUCCCCCCACCACCUACGAGACAGUUGACCAACAGACAGCCGAAAAAGGCCAACAGGCAAAAUUUCUGACUGUUGACAGUACCUCUUAUGUAAAAGGAAAUGCACUUUUUCAACCAUUCAUCAUUGAGAGGUGAGCUGAAAGUCAGCCACCCUUUGGUGACAUACUUGCCAUAAACUGUCAGAGACGUCAUUGGCAUUGACUUUUUUCAUUCCCUAAACUGGAGAUGUGCAGGAAAAUGCAUUGCAUGGGCAGGUGCACUAUGAAAAGUUACUCUUGUCUCUGUCAAAGCUAGCAACAACAUUACCUAAUUGAAAAGUAUGGGAUGGGUACUGCUGCUGCAAUUGAUUGAUGUAUUAUGAUAAUUAUAACUUGGGUGACUGUUGGUAGUCUGUCAGUGAUUGUUGAACUAUUGGGUGAAAGAUUCUUGAGUCCCACAUUCUCACCAACAAAGUCAAUUUAUUUGGAAAGGUUUUUAUGUUUCCUAAUGUAGGUAUUGCACUCUUCUUUAAGAGAGCUGGAGCUGAGUGAGUGCUCGGUAUCAGACAGUGGUCUCUCUUCUCUGUGCAUCUGUAAAAAUUUGAGGAAACUGGACUUAAAUGCUACAAAGAAUUCAAGAGAAAACAUCACCUCUGAGGGUAUAUAUUAGAAACAUUACAUGAGCAUAUGUAGAUCUAAUCUCAGAAGUUGAAACCAUGUUUGCUAAAACUCAGCUGGACAGUCAUCAGUGCUAACCUCACUAUCAGUUACAGUGCCAUUCCCAGGGUAUUCUCCUACCCAUCCAAUCUCUCUUUCUUGCUUCAUGCAGAAGAGUAGGGGAACAAGGUUACAGUAUAUCAGCUACUGCUACAGCAAACUGGCAAGAUCAUAUUUGCUGUGAUUAACUGCUUAUGAUAUACAUGUUGAAAUUAAGCAGUUGGGAUCAAAGAAAUUUGCAGUGCUUUAUACACCUGAUUGUAAUACAUGUAAGUAAAGGUUGUUUUGGCAAUUGAGCAAUUGUGCACUGGGAAUCUAUUGUUUUGUGGUCACUCAAGCAAAUUGUUGUGAUGAGUACCAUUAAUUUUUUUACCCAAAUGCCAAUUGCCAAAGCAUAGAUACUCUGGCUCAAAAAUUUUAAAACAGUUUUGCUCUAUUAACAAAUUUCCCUAGUCUCUUGGCACCUCAUUCAAUCAGAUUCCACUGUAGAACUCUUUCUUCCAUUUUUCCAUUUGCUCAUCUCCCUUAUACCUUGUUUGCCCCCCUCUCCCCCAUAAUUUUGCAAAACCUUUGCCUUUAAUUGUUCGUGGGUUAUACAGUCAUCACAAAAUAAUUUAAAGAAAAUGUUUAUGCAAAAUUUUGGGGGGCAACCAAGGUACAUUAUGGGAGAUGUGAAAGUGGCAAAUUAAUAACCUUUGAUAUGAAAGCAACUUCCUCUUUGUAGCUUCAAAGAUGACAUCCAACGACUCUCUUAAUUUGUUAUCAUGGCCUUAAUUUAUUAUUAUUCCACAGGCAUCAUCAAGGUAUUUUCCUCUUGUCAUAAUCUUCAAACAGUAUAUCUCCGCCGCUGUGUUAAUGUGACAGAUGAUGCAGUUGCUGCCCUCACUCAGCAUUGCAGUCAUUUGGAACAUCUUAAUUUAUGUGGCUGCAUCAAUAUAACAGAUGCUUCACUUCAGCUGAUUGCCCUCAACUGUGGCUUUCUACAAAGUCUAAACAUCUCUAAAACAAAGGUCAGUAAAAAAUAUCGCUUUGUACAUUUGAUUUUAUAGUGUUGAAUUUGAAUUUUUGAGUAUCUUCAAGACAAUAUGUAUUAUGUUCCUGACUAUGCAAGCUUGGAAGGUGAAGUAAAUCCCUUUGUUCUGUUUUGCACUUGCCUGCUAGACUACGAGCAGUCUUUGUUUUCUUAGUCCAUUGAGUGAAACACGUGAGACAUGAAAAUGACCACAUGUGUGACUGAAGCUGUGAGACAGGAGAGGCACGAGAGAGGUGCAGGAGAGGGAGUGGCUGCUGCCGCCCUUGUUUCUUGCAUCUCGCAGCUUUGCCGCUUGAAGCUCAUGCACAAGUGUACUCCCCUCACUAAAUCUGAAGAAAAAGAGACUCCUUGCAGUGUACUUGCCUGCUUGCAGAUCUGCUUUGUUCCAGCACGAAAAAACUUUCAUUUGGCUAUCUAAUAAUUCCUCUGUUAGCAAGCUUCUUUGGUAAAGAUGUUCAAAUAUUGGGCAAUAUCCAGCUACCAUGUUGGCCACAAAAACUUGGAAUUUAGCCCAAUGAAGGUGAUGAUAGAUGUUCAAAUUUCGGAGGGAGAGAGGUGAUGACCGGAAUUUAUGCGUCUGCUGUUCACAGGCUACCAGCCACCAUGUUGGCCAAAAAAUCUUGGAAUUUGGCCCAAUGACUGUGAUGAUGGCAUUUUAAUUUUUGGCUAGUAGGUGCUAGCCAAAUUUAGUUUUUGACAACCAGGGCAACCAAAAAUUUGUCAAAUAGAGGGCCUCCUGUUUUUAGUUGUACAAUUUAUGUGCACAGGGCACUGCGUACAAUUUUUUUUGACACAUAGCAUCUUCUUUGUUUUGUUAUUGUGCAGGUAUCUGAUGAUGGCAUAAUGAGCCUUGCAACAGGGAAAUGCCACUGCUCAAUUAAAGUAAGCAAUACUUGAUUGAAAACCAUACUCUCAAUUUUUUGUUUUUUCUUUUCGCCACAUUAUUAUGACGCAUUAACAACUUACAGAAAUUCGUCAGAAUAUGGCAAGAAAGCCCAAAGAAACCAUGAGGCUUAUAUAAUGUGGGCAUUCCGUACUAAAUUACAAAAGAUACACUUAAUAUUAAUUUAACUGAACGGCAAAGGGGGGUAGAGCUAUGCCAGCAGUGGUAUCAAGAAAAAGAUACCUUAGAGCAAUCAAUUCACAACCAAGUGCUUUGAAGCUAGUUUUUUCUCUGUUUUGUAGAAGUUUUUGCAAGAAUAUGUUCAGUAUUGAAACUGUGGAUGAUUAUUUCAUUUAAUGAUCAUACAAACUUGUUUUCAAGGACUCUCAUACUUUUAUUUUUCAUUAGUUGUGGCUUAGGCCUCUAUUCAAAAGCUUCUCUCAACUCCCCCCUCAAUAAGGUACCCUUGGGAAGGCAACGCCUUACUUUAGACUCGUACAGUGUAAGUUAUUGGUUUGAUUAAGAAAGCUGCAUCAUUCUCUUCAAGAUUUUAUCAAGUGCCCAUUUGUACCACUUGCGAAUCGUGUGAAGAUCAUCGGGAAUAGUAGGUAUAGGUAUCUCGCGGCUUCUAAUCGUCUGGCUGUAUCUGUCCUAGGAAGUUCAAGUUUCACACUGCGUUCACAUAACUGAUGUCAGUAUAGAAUCGCUGCUUGCUCGCUGCCCUCGAAUAAGAAUUCUCAUUUUUGACGGCUGCCCGCUGGUCACAGACAGAUCCCGGCAGGCUAUUGAAGAAGCUGGGCACCUAAAACAGUUAUCAUGGACAGUGUACUAAAAUAACUCUGAUUAGCCGUGAGAAAGAGUCAUUUCCUUGGAUGGUUGGCGAAAAAUAUUGCUAUGACCGAGUUUACCAUUUACAGUUCCUAAUUGUAAGCACUCGUCCUGGUUGUCUUGGUGGAGAUUUUAUACCUGGAGCUGCUGAAAGUAGUAUCUAAUAAUCAGGAGUGUAUUUAGACUGACAAAGCUCUCACACUAGUUCCCACUUUGGAUUUGCUUCUGAUAGCCUCAGAAAACGUUACUGUGAGACUGUAAUGUUGGUAGCUGAUGGCGAAUUCUGGAAAUAUUUCGUUAGUUUUGAAAAUGUUUUCUCCUUGUUUUUAAUACAUGUAGUUGGGUAAUGCCAAAAGCUUCAGAACCUCUGGCUUGCAGCAAAGACAUCAAGAUGUUAUAAACUAUUUAUCAGCGACAUUAGUGUUUCCUAUUAGUUUUCAUUGGCCUUUACUCUAGGUUAUACCUUUAUACAUUAAUUGCAGCUACAGCUCUCUUGAAGGUUACGCCAAACCUCUCCAGUGCAGG